UAGGUUCUGGAACGCAGCCGCUGAGGGGUCUGGCGCCAUGUUGGGGCUGAGGGGAAGGAGGAGAAGCUCCUGAAGCGGCGGGCGCGCAGCGGGAGCGGGAGUGGGGUCGGACCAGGGCAGCUAGAAGCCCUGCCCUUCCCGCCUCAGCGAAUCAUGACCCGGGCGGCGGCCGCGAAGGUCGCGGUGGUGGGGGACGUGCCCUGGCGGGGCGGGCGCUGAAAGAUGAUGCCGUUUCCGGUGACAACCCAGGGACCACCGCAGCCGGCGCCGCUGCCGAAGCGCUACGGCGUCUCCUCGCCUAUCAGUCUAGCGGUCCCCAAGGAGACGGACUGCCUCCUCACCCGGAGGCUAAUAGAAACCCUCAGGCCCUUCGGGGUCUUCGAAGAGGAAGAGGAACUGCAGCGCAGGAUUUUAGUUUUGGAAAAAUUAAAUAAUCUGGUAAAGGAAUGGAUACGCGAAAUGAGUGAAAGCAAGAGUCUUCCCCAGUCUGUAAUUGAAAACGUUGGAGGAAAGAUUUUUACGUUUGGCUCUUACAGAUUAGGAGUACAUACGAAAGGCGCAGAUAUUGACGCCUUGUGCGUUGCGCCAAGUCAUGUGGAUCGAAGCGACUUUUUCGCCUCAUUCUAUGCUAAACUGAAACUACAGGAGGAAGUGAAAGACUUAAGGGCUGUUGAGGAGGCAUUUGUGCCAGUUAUCAAACUGUGUUUUGAUGGGAUAGAGAUUGAUAUUUUAUUUGCAAGAUUAGCACUACAGACUAUUCCAGAAGAUUUGGACCUAAGAGAUGACAGUCUACUUAAAAAUUUAGACAUUAGAUGCAUAAGAAGCCUUAAUGGUUGCCGGGUAACCGAUGAAAUUUUACAUCUAGUGCCAAACAUUGACAACUUCAGGUUGACCCUGAGAGCCAUCAAACUGUGGGCCAAGUGCCACAAUAUCUAUUCCAAUAUAUUAGGUUUCCUCGGAGGUGUUUCCUGGGCCAUGCUAGUAGCAAGAACUUGUCAGCUUUAUCCAAAUGCAGUAGCGUCAACUCUUGUACGGAAAUUCUUCUUGGUGUUUUCAGAAUGGGAAUGGCCAAACCCAGUGUUACUGAAGGAGCCUGAAGAACGGAAUCUUAAUUUGCCUGUCUGGGACCCAAGAGUAAAUCCCAGCGAUAGGUACCAUCUUAUGCCUAUCAUCACACCAGCAUACCCACAGCAGAACUCCACAUACAACGUGUCUAUUUCAACCAGGAUGGUCAUGAUUGAGGAGUUUAAACAGGGGCUUGCUAUCACACACGAGAUUUUGCUAAGUAAGGCAGAGUGGUCCAAACUCUUUGAAGCUCCAAGCUUCUUUCAAAAGUACAAGCAUUAUAUUGUACUUCUGGCAAGUGCAUCAACAGAAAAACAACAUUUAGAAUGGGUGGGCUUGGUGGAAUCAAAGAUCCGAAUCCUGGUUGGGAGCUUGGAGAAGAAUGAAUUUAUUACACUGGCACAUGUGAAUCCACAGUCAUUUCCAGCACCCAAAGAAAAUCCUGAUAUGGAAGAAUUUCGUACAAUGUGGGUGAUUGGGUUAGGGCUAAAAAAGCCAGAAAACUCUGAAAUUCUCAGCAUUGAUCUCACCUAUGAUAUCCAGUCUUUCACAGAUACUGUUUAUAGGCAAGCAGUGAAUAGUAAGAUGUUUGAGAUGGGUAUGAAAAUUACUGCAAUGCAUUUAAGAAGAAAGGAACUUCACCAGCUGCUGCCUCAUCAUGUGCUUCAGGACAAGAAAGCACACUCACCAGAAGGUAGAAGAUUGACAGAUUUGAAUGACAGCAGCUUUGACUUGUCUGCAGGCUGUGAAAACAGCAUGUCUGUGCCUUCAUCUACUAGCACUAUGAAGACAGGCCCAUUGAUUAGCAGUUCUCAGGGUAGAAACAGUCCUGCCUUGGCUGUAAUGACAGCAUCUGUGGCUGACAUACAGGCUACUGAAAUGUCCUUGCAACAGGUGAAUACCAAUGAAAGUUCAGGGGUUGCAUUAAACGAAAGUAUUCCUCACGCUGUCUCUCAGCCUGCCAUUUCUCCAUCACCAAAGGCCAUGGUCGCCAGAGUUGUUUCUUCAACAUGUCUCAUAAGCCAUCCAGACCUUCAGGAAACUCAGCAACAAACAUAUCUAAUCCUAUAGUUGGAGUCUAGAGGAUAUUCUUGCCUCAUAAAGAAGAAAGGACCAAGAAAACCAAAACGGAAGAGGAGAAACUUAAUACAAAGACAAGUACAACUCCAUCAGAAAAAUUCAGACAGCAUCUUCUCUAUUGGCCUCUCAGGGAACAUCAGUAUAGAUCUUUCCGGUAUCCCUGUUCUCCCUGCAAAUCCAAUUCCUGUUAUCAAGAAUUCAGUAAAACAGGUUGAAUGGUUAAAAACAACCUCAAGGGUCCAUGAACAAUAUCUGCCAACUCAACCUGUUGUCUUCAAAUACUAAAGAAGGAGAAUGAGGGGUACGGGACUAGAUAUGACUUGAAAUAGAUUGAGGCUCAUUUGGUAACUUCCUUUACUGAGCCAGUCUUGAUCAGAAGUCCACAUUAGUAUGUGACAGCUAGAGGUACUGUUAUUAAUGUGUCAGCAACAGUUACAUUAACUAUUUCAAAGGACUAGUGCCCUUAAAAUGAAAAAACCUUUCAGCUAUAUUUGUACCCGUGACUGACAUCUGGACUGGAUUUAUGCUUGAUGCAUUGUUGGGAAAAUAUGCAAUACAAACUGGUAUCAGAAUUCCUUAUACUGAUGAGGCACUUUAUAUUUUUUAUUAGAAAGUAGAACUAAUUUUAGAUUUUUCAAAUUGGUGAAUUUUAUUUUUCCCUGAAGAGGUUUCUUCACUAUUAAUCUUAAAAUUGGAUACCAUUGUGCAGUGGUGUACUAUACUUCAGAGAAAGCAUAAAAGUACAUCUAGCUCAGUCCCUAUGAGGUAGCUGUAACCCUUUAAAAUGAAAUGUCAACUUUAAGGUAGGUUUUUGACAUCAAAACAACCAUUAGUAGGUCUUUGGUUUUGAUGGCACACUAUGGAGAAAGGACACACUGGUUUUAAUCUGUAGAACUGUUUUAGAGAGUAAUCAGCAAUCAAACAUUUUCUUUGAGCUAUCAAAGCUCCAUAUUCUCUUGUCCUCAAUCAUUAGUCCUAAAACAAAAAAGCUUUUUGCAUCCCUCUCUUCUCUUUGUUUGUAUGCACACAGUAUGCUUAUGUGUCAUUUCACAAGAAAAAAGGAAUAAUAUUCUCUAAACCAUGAUGUGAAACUGACAAUCCUGUGGCCACAUGGCACAAAACACCAAAUAUUGGUUAUGACGAAACACCACAUUUUAGCAAAACUUUACUAAAUGUAAUGUCUAUGAGAUAUGUUUCUGAUCUUGGAUGACCAUUUGAUCGCUGCAUAUGAGAAGUUUUGUUCAUUCCACAGAAUACCUCCUUAUAGGAAAGUUAAUUUCCAAUUGCACACGUAAGCAAAAAGGCAUUUUCUUCAAGAAUUUUAAACACUUUUAUUUUUAAACGAUUUAUCAAAAUUCAUCUCUAAAUUUUACAUGUAGAAACAUAAAAAAGUAAUUUCUAGCAAGCACUUGACAUCUUACUGGCUUUCUGCUCUUUUAGUCUACAAAAGAUCAGCAAUACUUUAAGUUAAAAAAAAGAUCUCAUAAUUAAGCAGUAGAGCAUCUAUGAUUAGGAAAUGUGAGGGGCAACAGAUGUGAAUGAAUGAAAGUUGAGUCUUUCUUAAUCUAGACAGCAAACUUAACAGGCUUUCCAAUUAGCCUCGCUUUAACCCCUCCCGUCCCCCCUCUAACUCUGCACUUUUCAUGUUAAACUGCAAUUACUUAAACUCUUUUCUUGUCCUUCUGCAUUAAUUUUCCAAAAUUGGAAUAUAGUCAUGUCCUUUUAGGCUGUAGAGACUUUUCUUUCACCAUUACUUUCUGAUAUCUAGUAUACAGUAUUUCUUUUUCUCACAUCUUUGCCCUUUCACCACAAUAAUAAAUCAGGUGAAGUGUGCACAAUAUCUGUAUUUUGAAUGGCUAUGGCGUUAGGUUGAAAUGGCCAGGCACAAAUUUAGUCUGGUCAUUUUGUUUACACAUUGGGAAAAAAAUUAGUUUAUUAAACAUUACCUGUAACUGUGUCUGUUUUACCAAGCUGGAACCUUGGGACUUUUUAUUUCUAAUUUUUAUUACCUGAAUGUCAGACCAUUUUUUCAUGUGAUGUACCUAGUGAGUGGAGUUUGCUUUGUUUUAUGGUAUCUAUACUCCUGGUAUAUUCAAGCACUGUUUUGAAAACAGAUGACUUAUUUCUCCAUUAAAAAUGCAAUAAAAAUAAAUGGCAAACAAGCAAAGUGAAACUAAAA